GAGUUUCGGGCCAGAGACAACGAACGCUGCCGACUGAAUGCUCGGCGCCGCCGGGAAUCGGUUCCGGGCCUGCGCGUCACCGAGAACUUCCAACGCCAAGCCCGCAAAUCCAUGGGAGGUUUCUCCUGAGCUGAGGAGACCGUGUGUUGGCGGUGGCGUCAUUCUGCCGUGAGCAUGGCUAGGACGAAAAAGCAGCUUUCUCCCGAAGAAGAAGAGGCGCGGUGUAAACGGCGUCGUGAUGCUACUCGGGAGCGGCUUCAACGACUGCGCGCAGAUCCGGAAUUCCGAGCAAGGGCUGCUGAAGCAAAGCGACGGAGGAGGGUUGGAGAUCCAGAGUUUACAGAGAGAGAAGCGGCGUCUCGGCAACGCUAUGAAGAAGCUCACCGUGAAGAUAGACGUUUAGCCGCUCAACGACGGAGAGACUCUGAUCCUGGAUUGCGAGUCACGGAGAACCUUCGCCGCAGAGCAAAAGUUAAGAAUGCCCAGAAGCAGCUGAGCAGAGAAGCAAAUGAGAAGAAAAGGACUGAGCAGAGGACUGAGCAGAGGACUGAGCAGAGGACUGAGCAGAGGACUGAGCAGAGGGCUGAGCAGAGGGCUGAGCAGAGGGCUGAGCAGAGGGCUGAGCAGAGGGCUGAGCAGAGGGCUGAGCAGAGAACUGAGCAGAGAACGCCAAGCUGCAGCAGGCGUCCUCAAACAGUGGACGUUAAAACUGCAACGACACCUUCCUAUCUAACCACCAGAAGCACACAGACUGAGAUUAAACACAAAUCAGUGCAGACCAAGAAAGAAAAACCUGUGGAAAGUGGCAGUAAUACCAGCAUUUCACCACCUGGCGUUAUUAGCCCACAGACAGAGGUGACAGAAUGCAAAUUGGUGCCAACCAUGGAUCCUUCCAUCAUCAAGGAAGCUGUCACAGCUGUGCCAAACAGCAGUAGUUCCUUCAGUACCAGCAUUCCACCAGCAAACAUUUCCUUCAUGCCAGGCUUUGCCACACAGAUGGGAGCAAGAGAAUGCAAACUGAUGCCAAGCAGCAGUUGGUCCUUCAUUACCAGCACUCCACCAGCGAGCAUUUGCUUCGUGCCUGGCAUUAGCACACAGACGGGGAUUAGAGAAUGCAAACUGAUGCCAACCAUGGGUAUUUCCACUAUCAAGGAAGAUAACAUACCUGCACCAAGCAGCAGUUGGUCCUUCAGUACCAGCAUUCCACCAGCAAACCUUUGCUUUGUGCCUGGCAUUAGCGCACAGACGGAAGUGCAAGAACAAAAAUUGAUGCCAAGCAGCAGUUGGUCCUUCAUUACCAGCACUCCACCAGCGAACAUUUGCUUCGUGCCUGGCAUUAGCACACAGACGGGAGUUAGAGAAUGCAAACUUGUGCCGCCCAUGGGUCCUUCCACUACUAAGGAAGAUAUCAGAGCAGUGCCAAGCAGCUGUUUGUCCUUCAGUUCCAACAUUUCACCGGCAAACAUUUGCUUCGUGCCUGGCAUUGGCACACAGACAGAAGUGACAGAACCCAUACUAGUGGCCACCAUGGGUCCCUCUGCCAUCAAGCAAGAUAUUUCUCUGGCAAGCACCUGUGAAAGCUCUAGUACCAAGAUUUCAGCAGCAGAGUCUUGCUCUGUGCCUGGUAUUGGCACACAGACAGAGCUUAUGGAACACAAAUGUGUUCAGACAGCAUCAUUUGUAGUGACAAGGGCUAUACAAACGUGAACUCCUCCAUCCUCGGUGUCUGCGACAGUGAAGGUUGCAGCUUAAUUUCAAGUUGUUCCAGGUUAUCGCUUAUAGUGACUUCAAUUGCCGGCACCAUCCACCAGAAAGCAUGUUAAUGUACCCCUCGUCGGACCACCAGCAGUAUUGGCAUCAUGUUGCAUCUCACAUGCAGGGCACACACACUGCCAGAAUAGCGGCACCCAAUCCAGCUGACUGACCGACAUAAAAGGUGUCCCAAUUGCUCGGCAGAGUGGGGCUUGCAGCAUACACAGUGAAGGCACUCCUCCUGCCCCACGGACACAGCCUAAUCCCAGGCUAGUGCGAAUGGAAGCCUGGCAACCUUCCUCAGCAGCACUGGGAUGCACCAGCACGUCAUGUUUCGUGGGGCAUGAUUUGUGACCGAACUUUGGAAUCUGCAAGCACAGCAGGACCACAAAGAACUUUUAUUGCGAUAGCAAUUAUAUGGACACUAGAGGCGGAUUUCUGCCGUCGCCAUCACCGUGAGCUUCCGUAUAAAGUCCAAGGGCGAUAAAAUCGUCGCCGCGUGCCAUAUGCUGUGUGUACGAGUGAAAGCUUGCGAAGGUCAGCUGGCGAUCGUGACUCAAUCUUGCGCACGCAAGGGAGGGGAGCGUGAAGGAAGCGCUCCUUCUUCCAUUUGCGUGCAAUGCUCCAGAGGGAAGGUAGGAAGGGGCAUGUUCUACUCCAGGAAGCCCGAGCGACUGCCCAUGCCCGCCCGCUCGGGCCGCUGUAUCUUGAAAGCCAUCUGUGGCAGGGACAGAGUCCGCCCUAAGCUAUGUUUUUGUGGCUUAGUUUGCGUUGAUGUGAGCAGUGGCAUGAAGGUCAAUUCGCUCGCUGCUGCUGCGCUUACUCCAGCGUUUUGACAGUUUCCGCGGUCAUCGAGUGAGAUGUGUUCAUGUUUGCUUGUGCGCGCGUGACACUAUGCUUGUUAAUUUAGUUAGUAUGCCUAUGUGUACAAGUUUAUACGGCCGAUAAAACUACUUUCCUUACUUCGUAUAGCUGUCCACUAGUUCGCUAUCACAAUCGAUGCUUUGCCUUUCGGAUGAAACUGCAACUCUUUAUGCACCACGACCGUCUCCUUCCCUCAUAUCUUUCUUUUAAAUCCUGCUUUCAUUCUCAUAUUUGGACUGCAAGAUUUGUUAGCAGUGAGGCAGUUGCAGGGCCCACAAUGUUUUCUUUUCUCCCAUCAUCAUGCCUUUUUGUUUGCUUGACACAUAGAUUCAAUUUUGUGGCCACUUACAUGCCUGCCAACUCUCCCAUAUUGUUAAUAAAGUUUACAUAUGUUGCGUCACUUUUUAC